AAAGAGCACGACACAACUAAUAUGAAGCUUGUACUAUCGAGACGAAAAUUUCUUUCUCCGACCAAGUAUCUCCAAAAUGAAAUAAAAAGUGGAAUCCAAUUUAUCUUUCUUGCCCUUAAAGGAUAUAUAUAGAUAUAUAUUCCUGUUGUUGCUCUCAAAAUUGAUUCUUUUCCCUAUGGUGUUCCCAUGCCAAUUUAUUCUUUGCUUCUCCAUAGGCUAAGAAACUAAAUAGAAAAAGCAGAUUGAAUUAACAUUUGAUCAGUAGGUUAUAAAGAAAGAGGAAGAAGAAGAAGAAGAAGAAGAAGAAGAAGAAGAAGAAGAAGAAGAUUGAAGUGUUAUGGAUGCAAGAGGGAAUAUUGUUCAUGAAACUCCACCAAAUGCAAAGUUUGAAUUCACUCCAACAUGGAUAAUUGCUGUUGUUUCAUCUAUUAUUGUUAUCAUUUCCUUCUCUGUUGAGCGUGGCCUUCAUCGCCUUGGACAGUUACUGAAACAUAAAAAGCAGGAUGAAUUGAAUCACGCGUUGCUGAAAUUAAAAGAAGAGUUGAUGAUUUUAGGGUUUAUCUCCUUGUUAUUGAAUGUGUUUCAAGGGGCAAUCGGACGUUUUUGUAUGCCCAAAGAUUUUGCAAACCAUAUGCUUCCAUGCAAGAGAACUGUAUCCGUCGUAAACCAUUUUUCAUCGUCAAAUUUCGUUGACGAUUACAAUAUUCACCGUCAUCUAUUAUCCACGCAAACUAAUUUUCAUCAUUGUUCACGAAAAGGAAAGGUUCCUCUAUUGUCUUUGGAAGCAUUGCAUCAGCUGCAUAUUUUCAUAUUUGUGUUGGCUGUUGUUCAUGUCUUCUUCUGUGCUAUAACCAUGCUUCUAGCUUCUGCAAAGAUACGAAUCUGGAAGUGGUGGGAGGAUUCUAUUCAUCGGGAAUCUACACCAUCUCAAGAUGAUGAUGAGUUUAAAGAACGUGCCGAAGGAUUUUGGAAAAAUGCUGCGGUCAUAGCUUGGAUGGUUGCAUUUGCGAAGCAGUUUCAUGGAUCAAUCACAAAGUCCGAUUACAUUUAUCUUCGACGAGGCUUUAUUAAGAAACAUUGCCCAGGGGAACCUAAAUUUAAUUUCUAUGAACACAUUACAAAGACAUAUCAACAUGAUUUCAAGAAAGUUGUUGGCAUAAGUUGGUAUCUUUGGGCUUUUGUUGUGCUCUUCUUGCUGCUUAAUCUUGAAGGAUGGCACACUUAUUUUUGGUUGUCGUUUCUACCACUAAUUAUGCUACUUCUAGUGGGGGCAAAGUUGGAAUACAUAAUAACACGUAUGGCUCAAGAAUUAAACUCGAGAAUAGAAGACAAAGAAGCACAACAAGACCAAGCUAUACAUAACAAUAAUAGAUUUCAUAGACAACAACGUAAGGAAAUAAAAAAACAUGGCAGCCGCCAUGCAGUGAAUCCCUCGGAUGAACACUUUUGGUUUGGUUCUCCUUCUCUUGUUCUUGUGUUGAUUCACUUCAUUCUCUUUCAAAACUCCUUCGAGAUUGCCUUCUUCUUUUGGAUUUGGACAACUUAUGGAUUUAAGUCAUGCAUUAUGGAGAAACCCGCGUUCAUCAUCACCAGACUCAUCUUGGGUGCCAUUGUCCAAGUGCUAUGCAGUUACAGCACAUUGCCCUUGUAUUCUUUAGUCACUCAGAUGGGAAGUGAAUAUAAGAAGCCAAUGGAAGAAGAUGAGAUGUUAGAGGGUCAAGAUCACAAAGUGCAAGAAAGAAGCAGCUGAGAAUUAUUCUUUCAUUAUUACCAAUAUUAUAUCUUUCAACUAUAUUGAUCAAUAGGUAUAUAUAUGUAUCUUUAUUCAUGAAAGAAACACAAUCUUAAGCUAUAUAUGACCAAUUCUUUAAUACAAUUCUUGGAGAUGGUCCAUGUUAAUUGCUCGUUACCUAUAAACAAGAAAGGU